GAAACAUCCAAAACUCUUGGUCUCAAUCAAAGGUAGUAUAUAAAAUGCCGCCCACAAAAAAAACCCUAGCUGGUCGCAACCGCACUUUCACUUUUGCUUCGAGAUGGCAAAGUCGAAGAAUCACACAGCACACAAUCAGUCCUACAAGGCCCACAAAAACGGCAUCAAGAAACCCAAGAGGCAUCGCCACACUUCCACCAAAGGGAUGGAUCCCAAGUUUCUGAGGAAUCAGAGGUACGCGAGGAAGCACAACAAGAAGAGUGGUGAAACAGCCACCGAGGAAGAGUGAAAUGGCACUUUCUAACGGAACCAUUAGGGUUUUUUUAUGCUCAUUUUUUUGGUUAAACUUUGUUUGAAAUCAACGUUCAGCAGUAUAAUUAAUUUGUUUACAGAGAAUGCAGUACUUUUAUAGCAAUUUUCCUGGUUUCUACUGAAAACCCUUCAAUUACUUUUUAUUAUCAAUGGAAUGUUAAUGUGUUUUGUGUUUUUUAGUCA